AUGAAAGAGGCUUAUCAACCUUGCACAACCAACGAACAUGAGACGGUGGAGAAGAAACGUAGCCGAUUUUCGCUGAAGGAAGAAAUUUGCCGAAAGAUUCCAAUUCUUGAAUGGCUGCCAAACUAUAAAUGGAAGGAGUAUUUGCCAGGGGAUAUCAUUGCUGGAUUGACUGUGGGAAUCAUGCACGUACCACAAGGAAUGGCAUAUGCCAGUCUCGCCGGUGUUCCACCCGUCUACGGCAUGUACUCUUCAUUCUUUGUCAGCACACUUUACAUGUUCUUCGGCUCAUCCCGCCAUAUUUCCAUCGGCGUUUUCGCUGUCGCGUCAAUGAUGGUCGGAGCGGCGCGACUUCGCCUUGCUCCAGAUGUUGCCCCGAACUCAACAAUGUCCGACUAUCCGCUAGUGGGACUUGUGCAAGUCAUCAUGGGCGUUCUACAUCUGGGAUUCCUCACCACUUACCUUUCGGAUCCUCUUGUCUCCGGAUUCACCACAGGCGCUGCUGUUCAUGUGUUCACUUCGCAACUCAAUAAGGUCUUCGGAAUCAAGCUGUCGAGACACGAAGGAAUCGGAAUGAUCGUGAAGAUGUUCAGAGACAUGGCUCUAUCAAUGGGUUCGGUGAACUUCGUCGCUCUAGGCAUCUCCAUAUUCGGAUUAUUAUUCCUCGAUCUAGGAAGGACAUACUUGAAUCCGCUUGUUAAGAAGUUUUCCAAAAUCCCGCCACCGCUAGAACUAAUAUUGGUAAUUUUCGGUGUGAUCAUCUCCAUGAUCUUCAAUCUCGAUUCUAAACACCACGUCAGCACGGUUAAGAAGAUUCCACGCGGGUUCCCAGCUCCAUCGUUGCCACGUGUCGAUUUUCUGCCGGCGUUGAUCGCUGAUGCAGUGCCGAUUGCGAUAGUCUGCUAUAUGUUUAUCAUGUCAAUGGGAAAAUUAUUCGCCAAAAAGCAUAAGUACAAGACCGACGCUACGCAAGAGCUGUAUGCCAUUGGAAUCUCGAGCAUGCUUUCUUCAUUCUUCCCCGUAUAUCCCGUCGGAGCUUCCCUUUCGAGAUCAUCAGUUUGCGAGAUGUCUGGAGCUAAUACGUUGCUGUACACAAUAUUCUCAUCGACCAUUCUUCUUACUGUCAUUCUCUUCCUUGGACCAUUCCUUGAACCAUUGCCUAUGUGUAUUCUGGCUUGCAUUGUUAUUGUCAGCUUGAAGAGUCUCUUUCUUCAAGUCAAAGAGCUUCCGAGAUUGUGGAAAAUCAGCAAAUACGAUUUUACUAUUUGGCUGGUAUCAUGUCUUUCAACAAUUUUCACCGAUGUUACCACCGGCUUGAUUAUUUCUCUCGUCUUCGCGCUCUUCACAAUUGUUCUCAGGCAACAAUGGCCGGAAUUCAAUGACUCAAUUCUUCACGACGAGACCCCGCGUCAGAAUCAGCCGGCCAACGUUGAAAUUGUGCGAUUUGAAGCACCGCUUCAUUUUGCAAAUGUGACCUUAUUUGUCGACAAAAUCAGCGAGACAAUUUCGCGCGGCGGGUGUGAAGAGCUGUUCGAGAAGAGGGUGAUUAUUGUCGACGGCGCGCCAAUCUCAUAUCUUGAUACAAUGGGUGUCGACGCUCUCAAGGAUGUUUACAAAGACGCCAAAAAAGCAAACAUCAAUUUGUACUACUGCGGGCUUCCUGAUUCUGUACAAGGUGUUCUCCGCCAGGACGAGCCGUUCAGUUCAGUGGUCCCACCAUCUGCCUUUUUCACGUCUAUCGAUCGAUGCCUUUUGGAAAUUUCAAAAGCUUAA